GUCACUCGGCAAUUGGGAUCCAUAAGCGACGCCCAAGCAACAAACUGCUCGCGUUUGAUCUUUAUAAUUAGGCAUUCGUGCUGCGUCAUCGCGCUAGACGCUCAACCGCUGCUCGCGUGGACUCCCACAGCGGCAUCCUCGCCUAUCUCCAGACCGAGGCCGGAUUCGCGUCGCACGCAUCAAGCAUGCCCCAGCGACAAAGGCAUCUUCGCCGCGCGGCGGCCGCCGCCGUCAUCGCGACGACGGCGCUCGCCUGGGCGCCCGCGCGCCUGAAACCCAUCGCGCCGACGCGACGGAGCGCCGCGACUUUACAAACGCCCGUCGCGCAAGCGACGGAGCGGCCCAUCUCGACGGAGUGGGAGCUCGACUGCUUCUCGAGGCCCGUGGUCCAGGACGGCAAGAAGCUCUGGGAGUUGUUAGUUGUGGACAGCACCGGCCAGUGGAGGGAAGCGGUGCAGCUGCCGGCGACCGGUGUGAAUAGUGUCGCGGUCCGAGAAGCGGUGGAAGGCGUGAUCGCGAGAGCACCGGUCAAGCCGACGGUGAUUAGAUUUUUCAGGCGGCAAAUGCUGAACAUGCUCACGAUCGCGUUGGGCGGCGUCGCGGCGGAGCGGCCGACGUUACGGGUGGCGCCGUCGCGCGCGACGCACGCCAUCUACGACUGGUUGGAGGAGCGGGAGCGCGACGUCUACCCGGCCAUGGAGGGUUAUUCUGGUGCCCAACAGGUGACGAGGGACCGCAUGACGGCGCCGACGACGCCGGCGAGAUUGCCCGAGGCGUUACGGGGCGAGCAGUACGCCUUCGUCACGCUGCCCGUGGCCGAGGUCCAGGCCGGCGGCGGCGUGACCGAGGACAACGUCGGCGUCGGGAAGAUGAUCAACGUUAAAAGUGAUUUGGACCCGGGCGCGAUGCUGCCGGGCGUGGCGAUUUUGACGCGGCGCGCGGAUGCUUUGGCGAUGUCCCUGGCGUCGACGGAGCUCGCGUCCGUGCGUGCUGACAGCACGCAACGUCAGCUCGUUUUGGACGUGGCCCUCGACGAGUCCUUCCUCGUCGCGCGCUUGGACGACAGCCAGCGCGUCGAGGCGGCGGGCUUCGAGAAGGCGAAAGCGGGGUUGGACGGCCUGCACUUCGUCGUGGUCCAGCGGCCCGACGACGACGGCGUCGAGCCCGCGGGCUUCUGGCUGCUGCGGGAGAUGGCUACGGCAUAA